CGACGGGGCUGCAGAGCAUCGGCAGCAACAAGUAGAGGCGCAGAACGCAGCGACACAGUCGGAUUCACAAACCCCAGGCCGAACAGCGAAUUGCCGACCUCGAUAUCCACGCACCUGUCCGUCAUCUCCCCGCGCUGCAACAUCCAACACCCAACAUCCAGCACUCAUCCAACACCAUGCCCGAGCAACGACCCGACUCCAGAUCCGAGAGCCAGAUCCGCCCCAUGGCGACUCUGCAGGGCACGCUCUCGAGGGCCGACGGGUCCUCAAAGUUCAGCUUCGACAAAACCGCGGUGAUGGCUUCGGUGUUUGGUCCCAUGGAAGUCAAGAUCCGUGACGAGCUUCUGGAUAAAGCCACCGUUGAGGUCGUGCUGCAGCCCAUCGAAGGCCAUGCAUCAACCACAGAAAAGUACUACGAGCAGAUCAUCCGCCAGACUGUCGAGUCCGUUGCCCUGAUAGCGCUUCAUCCCAGGACGCUGAUCCGCAUCACCUGCCAGAUUCUGAACGACGAUGGAUCGAUUCUCUCGGCAGCCCUAAAUGCGACAAUGUUGGCGCUGGUCGACUCUGGAAUCCCGCUAAAGUGCAUGGUUGCCUCAACGACCUGUGCCGUCACUGCAAACGGACAAGUUCUGCUGGACCCAACACGAAGCGAGAUCGAGACGGCCAAGUCGGUCCACAUCUUUGCCUUUGAAAGCUUGUCAGGCAACCUGGUCGCAAAUGAGUCGAUUGGUCCGUUUACAGAGAAAGAGUAUACUGCAUGCCACCAGCUCUGCCAGGCUGCGUCUGAGAAGAUCCAGGCAUUCAUGCGUGCCUCGAUCGAGCGCAAGCUGAAGAAGGACCAUCGAUUGCUCUGAUAUGGCGAUUGCCCGGCUCGUGUCAUUUGCCAGGAGCGUUGGAUGAGCUCGCAUGGGCUUGCAUGGGCUUGGAUGGGCUUGCAUGGAUGAUUCGUGACUUCUGUCAACGAACAAGUACAUCGCUGCCGUCCUCCCGAGCCCCGUCUUUGCUGCGACGCAAUCGCUCUGCUCUCCAAUAUACGUCAUAGGACACUGGA